ACCGCUACAAAUCCACACACACAUGUACACCACAGACGUGAUGUGUGUUACAUAGUUAUGGUGAUUGAUGUAUGUAUGGGUUACAGAUAAACGAUUGGUUGGUGCGAAUGAAUGCGUCAUGCGUAUAUAUGUAUGUAGGUGUGUAUGUAAGCCAUUCAUUAUUGCGAUAUUUGCGAUAUGAUGCGGUCAAUUAGAAAGAAGAAUAGUGAGUGGGUGAGACUGUCAGGGCAGGGUGGGGAUGUGAGCGGGAUACAUGACACGACACGACACGUGGACGGAAGCCAAGGAAGGAUGAGGCCCCGAAAAAGUGGUCAUUCACCCACGUCGAGCACGUACACGUACGCAUCCUUAUGUGCGAUCGUAUACACGUGCUGCCGCCACACGUGCACACACAGCUAGCUCUCUGACACUCUCUCCCCCACCCAUCCCACCCACAACACACCACACCACACACACGCAAUUCCACUCACAUACACGACACGACAGCAACAAAACGCUCAACCCAUCUCGAUCCAUCGACGCAUCGUGCCACGGCACAGGUCAGCCUCUCUGUCCUCCCCGUCCCUCCCACUCCCCAGUGAGCAGCAGACUCUACUUCUCUGCCGCGGAUCCUUACUCCCCUUCUCUCAAGCGCAUCCAUAAACAUCCACGAAUGCGUGUCACUCCCUCUCUCUCUCUCCCUCUCUCUCUCUCUCUCUCUCCCUCCCGGUGCCUCUCUCCUUCCCGUCAGCUAUCUCCUCAGCCCAUCUUCAGAGCCGGCGAGGGGCCCACGUCCUCAGAGCUCUCCACAUACAUGAACGACGGCGACACCACAGGCGUGCUCGAUGGCGACACCGACGACAGGCCGUGGGGCGGCGAGAGGCACCCCACACACGCCUUCAGCGCCGCCAUGUCGGCCGCAGUGGGUGCGGACAUCUCCUCAUGCUCGCUGCUGUCUGUCGUUUGGUCCUCACUGUGCGCCCUCGCCAGCGACAGGUCAGCAGGGGCCGACAGGCGCAGAUGGGGGACAGUCUUGGCGUGACUGCGGGGCAUUGGGGGUGUGUGUCGAGUGGCGGGCGGGGCGUUUGGACACAGCAGGGCCUCCAGAGAUGGUAGCAGGGGUUGUGUGGUGUCUGCGCGAUACAUGAUGGGGAAGACGGGCAGGAUGAAGAGGGGGAACGAGAUGGAAGCGCAGAUCUCCGAUACGGCGCUGGCGAAAUACCAAGUCGUGCACAGGUCGGCGAAGGCGGUAAACUGGAAGCAUAUCGCUGCGGUCCAAAAGCAUCCCUUCCGCAGCCAGAUCGCCCAGUUCAUGUCUCGAAGCAUGACCUCGUCGAACACCAUCACGUUGGCCAACAUAUAGAUGACUGUCGGCUCUGAACGGCAAGGCACAUGAAGGAAGGGGAAAGCAAGUGAUGCCGGCCGGCCACCAGUGUGUCUGUCUCAGGUGUGUGCAGAAAUGUCUCGCCUCACCGAAGAAGAUGAAAGCGAAGAAGUUGUGCCAGAAGAUGCUCACACGCAACGGGACGGCGAGAGUUCCCAUCGCUCCCAUGAAGGUCAGCCAGGACAGGAUGCGCGUCACAUCGACGUAGAUGCCCGAACGCGCGUGUGUGGACGGGAGCGUCUGCUGGAUGAUGUCGGCGUAGAGCUGGACGAACCGCACCCAGCUGGUGGCGGAGAGGGAAAGCAAGAAGACGCCCACAAGCUGCUCCGCUGCACACACACAGAGACAGACCGACCGACAUGCACGCGUGCACUGACAGAUCUUCUCUGGUGUCCUCCCGUGGGUACGUUCGUGAUUGAUGCUGUGCGAGAGGUACAACUUGGGAUACCUCAGCCUCCCUGCACAUACACACACAGACGCAGUCAGAGAGUCGUCCUCCCUGGUGUGUGGACAGGUAUCACACCACUGGCUCACCGUUCCAGAAAGAUGUGAUGUACGUGAGAACGAAUGUGAUGGGGAGAAGCACGGCGACGCCAGAGGAUAUGCAGACCCGCACAGGUAAGCGAGGCCGCCGGGAAGGCGUUCCCGGCCCCUGGUCCCUGUCCAAACGCCCCGCCCGUGGGUGACUGAUGCGCCGUGUGAAAGACGCGUUCCUGUCCCCAUGGAAGCCGCCGUGCGUGGACCAAGACUCGGGGGAGCUGUUGGUGGGAGGGAGGGACGCACCGGCGCGAGGGGAUGAAGCAGGGGAGGCAGUCGUUGUACUUGGACCAGAAGAGACCUCCUCUCUCUCGGCGACACGCCUCCUCGCUCCCCAACAGGGAGAUCUCCGGUGGGAGAGGUCAUCAAAGAUCAUUGUAGACGCUGAAAUUCUGUUGCGAUGUUAUCGUGGUCGUCAGACUUUGGUGAAGCACCGCGUCAUCUCUUCUCGGAGUUCUCCUCGAGCUCG